GUUUCUGCUGGCUCGACUCGCAGAUACCCUCCUCUCGCCGAAUUCAAGUCGCCAGAACUGAGUAAUCUGUGAACGCCACGCCGUAAUCAUGCGCCAGUUCGUUCUCGCGUCCGCUCUGGCGGCUGUGAGCACAGUCUACGCGGGCCCGACCGCCACCGAAAAAGAGCUCCCCAGGCGGGCGGACGCCCUGCCUACGGUGACAGCGUCCGGCAAUGCUUUCUGGGCUGGUGACACGCGAUUCUAUGUUCGCGGCAUCGAUUAUCAGCCCGGUGGCUCCUCCGCCAACCUCGACCCCCUUGCCGACGCUGAUUUGUGUAGACGAGAUAUCCAAAGAUUCCAAGAGUUGGGUGUGAACACCGUACGCGUCUACUCGGUAGACAACUCGGUCAGCCACACCGACUGUAUGCAGGCCCUGAACGAUGCCGGCAUCUACCUCGUUCUCGACGUCAACAAUCCUGCCUACUCCAUCAACCGGGACGACCCAGCCCGGUCGUACAACGACGUCUACCUCCAGAGCGUCUUUGCCACCAUUGACGAGUUCGCCAAGUACGACAACACUCUCGCUUUCUUCUCCGGCAACGAAGUCAUCAAUGACAAACCCGAAUCGGUGAAGUCCGCUCCCUAUGUCAAGGCCACCACUCGCGACAUGAGACAGUAUAUCAACUCCCGCGGUUACCGCAGAAUCCCUGUGGGGUAUUCUGCUGCCGAUGUUAGCCAAAAUCGCAUGCAGACAGCCCAAUAUUUCAACUGCGGUUCCGACGAGGAGCGUAGCGACUUCUUUGCCUUUAAUGACUAUUCCUGGUGUGCGCCCUCAUCGUUCGAAACAUCGGGCUGGAACGAGAAGGUGAGAAACUUCACUGGAUACGGCCUGCCCAUCUUCUUGUCGGAAUGGGGUUGCAUCACCAACGGCCGCGACUUCGAGGAGUUGGGUGCGUUGAUGAGCGACCAGAUGUCGUCGGUAUACUCUGGCGGCCUCAUGUACGAGUACAGUAGAGAAGGCAACGGAUACGGCAUUGUCGAGCUCUCGGGUAACUCAGAUUCUGUGAGAGAAGAGCCAGAGUUCGAGAGGUUUGCGUCAGCUCUAUCUCAGUACCCUGCUCCCACCGGAGACGGCGGUUUCACUCGUACCACCUCCGCAGCUGAAUGCCCAACCGUCGACGGCGUUUGGGACAUUGAGGAGUGGGGCCCAAGUGCGCUCCCGGCCAUGCCAGAUGGCGCGCAGAAGUACAUGACUGACGGAGCCGGCACCGGCCCGGGCCUUAACGGAGACGGUUCCCAGCAGGCAUCUGGAACCUCGACGGGCACCGCCACACCAGCUCCCGCGUCCGGUGAGAAUGUUGGUGGCCGGCCAGCGCCACCAAUGGACAUGAGCGUGUUUGCUCUCACCGGCGUCGUGGCUCUCUUCACCUUCGCCGGUACGUUGUUGCUGUAGAGUAACUGUCAGUUCCUGCGUUAGUAUUUUGUUAGACCUAUGCAUGGGUAUAGAUGGGUGAGCAAAGAGGCAAAUAUCGGGGUUUUUCCUUGCUGUUGUAUCAUGGACGGCCAAUCUCGGCGCAUGCUAUCGUUAUUCCGGGCCAUAGUUUACGCGACCCUAACUAAAACUAUGAGGGAUCGACGGAUAAUUCACUCUAGUCAUUACGAGUAUACCUCCCGGCGACGAGGGUUUUGCAUAUAAAUUUUGGGUGGUUGGUAUAGAAACCUCCGGGACUGAGGGUUUGGUGAUCUGAAAAUGGAGUUUUAAUAUGGAAUGGAUUGCGCACUGUCGGCCCGGCAGGUGAGCGGGAAUACUCAACCGGAAAAACUCUAGCAGCGAUCACCCGCUCCCAAAAGGGACACAGUAGAAGCCGAACUUCCAGUCAUCUCACUCGAUUUCAACCGGCCAAUUCUCUCUACCGUGUAUUUAUUACACCGUCGCUUCAGCAUCACGGGUGAUGCGGUAGAUUCGCCUGUCAGGCGGAGAGCUAAAGCUAUCCGGA